CUUGCGACCACUCUUCCAACUAGACAAAAAUCAACAAGACCAUAGCAAUGAUUUUACUGUUUAUACAAUUUGUGGUUGUAUAAUUUUUAAUAUAGUGUUUGCGGUAAAAAUAAUCUUUGAUUAUUAAUUAAAUAACCCUUAUAUGUACUACAUAGUGACCCCUAAAAAUAGUGCGCCUUAACUUCUAACUGUAUACAACGUGUGUAUGUGUGUGAGUGUGAUAAAAAGCCAUAGCACACUUAGAUAAUGGGCAAAAUUAACAACAAGAACGGCGUUGAAAUAAUCCCCUUGAAUGAGGUAAACCACAGGAAUAAUCGUUCGAUAAAAAUGGAUAGAAUGCCCUACAUGUCUGACCCUACUUUAGUUCCUAGAGUACAAAAGUAUUUGGAAUCCAAUGUUGAUAAAACUUUUGUUGAUAUCAAUGUUAUGGCCGAUGAUUUGCAACGGAGCUACCGUGAAUAUGCCCGUUUGAAACGCAACGCAUUUAGGACACAAGUGAAAAAAGCCUACUCUAUAGUCCUCCAAAGCUAUGGCUUGGAGGAGCAAGACAACAGUUCCAGUGAGGAUGAGGACGACUCCGAUGAUAGUGCCCCCGAAGAGGGCACUUUUCACAACAACUCCCUAAACAACCAAUUGGUGAACUUGUACAACCGACCACAAGUCCCUAAACAAAUCGACGAAAAUGAACUAAUUGACAUAAGUAGUGACGAUUCAGAAGCACCAACUUACAAUGAUAAGCCGAGUAAUGGCCCUUCGACGUCACAAAAAGAACCCCAAACACUACUACCAACUUAUCAAAACAACACAAAUAGUAAAAAAAUCGAUGUGAGUAAAGAGCGGUAUCAGUUUAUGGGACGGAAACGCAAAUCUGACAGUGUGGCACUUACACCGUAUCAGAGUACACCAAAAAAGAAAAAAUCCCUAGCCACUUUACAGGAACCUUCAGUGUCUUUCAAAGACAUUGGGGGUAUGGAUAAAAUCCUGGAAGAUGUUUGCAAGUUGUUGAUUCAUGUGCGCCAUCCGGAGGUUUACAGACAGAUUGGGAUUUCGCCCCCGAGAGGGUUCCUCCUGCAUGGGCCCCCUGGGUGUGGCAAGACGCUUCUCGCCAACGCCAUCGCUGGGGAAAUCGGCGUGCCCUUGUUGAAAGUCGCCGCCCCGGAAUUAGUCGCCGGAGUUUCCGGUGAAAGCGAGGAACGAAUCCGGGAAUUGUUUGAACGUGCUAUUUUUUCCACUCCUUGUAUCCUAUUCAUCGAUGAAAUCGAUGCUAUUACACCGAAUCGACAAAAUGCCCAAAAAGAAAUGGAGAGACGAAUUGUUGCCCAAUUGCUUAGUUGCCUUGAUGACUUGAGUCAGAAUGAAUGUGGUGACAGAGUCCUGGUUAUUGGUGCUACAAAUCGUCCCGAUGCCAUAGACCCGGCCUUAAGACGAGCAGGUCGUUUUGACCGGGAAAUCUGUCUUGGUAUUCCCGAUGUUCAAGCUAGAGUCCAAAUUUUGAAAGUUUUAACAGCGAAAUUAAAAUUGAGUGAAGAUUUCGAUUAUGAAUUUUUGGCGAAACACACACCGGGUUAUGUGGGGGCUGAUUUAAUGUCAUUGACGAGAGAGGCGGCCAUGGCGGCGGUCAAUCGAAUGUUGAAUAAACUCAAAGAACAACACAAACUCGAAGAAAAACAAAAAGAAGAAACUGUUAAAGAAGAAAAUAAGAGCGAUCCUGAGAUUAUAGUUGACGAUGAACCGAAAACUGAACCACCAAAAGAACCACCAAUUGUUGUAAUUGACGAAGAAGUGAAACAGACUGAGACUGAGGUGGUCAAUGGUCAUCUUUUGACUGAAGAAGAACCAAGAACCAAGGAAGAACCAAUGCCUGUUGAUGUUGAAAAACAAAAUAAUCCACUCAAAGACUUGAUGAUGUGGUUGCAUGACAAAUCACCGAUUUCCAAUGAUGAUUUAACAUUAUUGUGUAUCACAAUGGAUGAUUUUAAUCAAGCUUUGAAAUGUGUCCAACCUUCGGCGAAACGUGAAGGUUUUGCAACAGUCCCUGAUGUUAGUUGGGACGAUGUGGGGUCUCUAAAUUCAAUCAGAGAGGAAUUACAAAUGGCUAUUUUAGCCCCCAUAAGACACAUUGAACAUUUCAAAGAAUUGGGGUUGAAUACCCCCACUGGUGUUUUACUAUGUGGGCCCCCAGGUUGUGGUAAAACACUCAUAGCCAAAGCUAUGGCCAACGAAGCCGGUAUUAAUUUUAUUUCAGUCAAAGGACCAGAACUUUUAAAUAUGUAUGUAGGUGAGAGCGAGAGGGCGGUGCGUGUUUGUUUCGAACGUGCCCGAAACUCCGCCCCUUGUGUUAUAUUCUUCGACGAAUUGGACGCGAUUUGCCCUAAAAGAUCGGACAGCAGAGAGGGCGGGGCUACGAUGCGUGUCGUUAACCAAAUGUUGACCGAAAUGGAUGGUGUGCAAGACCGACAAGGGGUUUACCUCCUUGCUGCGAGUAAUAGACCUGAUAUUAUCGAUCCGGCGGUCUUAAGGCCGGGCCGUUUUGACAAAAUCUUAUUUGUGGGUUUACCAACAGCAAAUGACCGGAUUGAGAUUUUGAGGGCUAUUACGAGAAAUGGUACAAGGCCUCGUUUAGCCCCCGAUGUAGACCUUGAAGCUAUAGCGACGUCGGAGCAAUGCCGGGGGUACACGGGGGCCGAUUUGGCAGCAUUGGUUAAAGAAGCCGGGAUUGUGGCUUUGAAGGAGUUUAUGUUGUGUGGGGACACGCAAAAAUCUUUGAUUGUUAAUAUGGAACAUUUUACUCGAGCUAUUGCGAAAAUUAGACCGUCUGUGCCUGAGAAGGAUCAAAAACAUUAUGAAAAAUUGCGGAAAAUGUACGCCGUUGUUCCUGAAAAUGAAGUAGAGGAGAUGGAAUAUUCUUAAACAGUAUUUGGGCCCCAAGACUCGAAUUUGAUUUGGUACUUUAGUGUUAUUUUUUUGUACAAUUAAGUCUGUACUGAUUUAAUUUAAAAAAUGUAGGAGUUACUAAAUGUUAUACACAUAUUUUUACCGUUCACACAACUAUUUUUAUAUUUGUGGUAAAUAGUUUACCGGUUAAGUUAUGUAUCUAAGGGUGACACAAAUAGUUGUAAAAAAGUUUAUAACGAGAGUGAAAUAAAAUUCAAAUUGUAGA